UUUUCAUAAACCAGCUCCUCGAAAAAGACCUCCAGGAAGUCAGGUCCGAGUUAUCACAACAAGCCACUAGCUCUCUGCUGCCACCUGAGUUGCAUUGUGGGUAUCGUAGGUACUUUUUUGAAUAUGAGGAUCCUGAUCACCUCAAACUGUCCAUAAUGAGUCCAGUAGUGUUAGAGGAGUGGACUGCUUUUCAAAGUGGGUGACAUCACUAGAGGCAAUUUUAAGAUUACACGCAGCUUCCUCUGGAGCCACAAAAUACUUUAUUUUAGUUUUUUUAUAUAUGCAGUAGUACUCCCCAGGACCUGUAAACACACUAUAAUGUGUGAAACUGUCAGAGUUACUCUUUAAGCCCUGCUUUAAUCUACUCAAUUCACACAUUUUCACAAGGUCAUAUCAGCAGCAAUGCUUCUUUGGCUUUGAUUACUCUCUUAUCAAUAUCAGUUGCAGGUCCUCUAAAAGAUUAAUGGCUCUUUCGGGCAAAUCCCUUCAAAAACUAGUUACAGUGUAUUCUGUGGAUUAACAUUCAGUCUAUACGGCUAUUGAAUAACAGAAGUAAGAAAGAAUGUAGUUUGUUUAUUUUUAUUUUUUUGGUUUGAGUGAGCUUUUUUAACUGUACACAACACACAGCUAGCAAAGAAUCUAGCGUUGUUCACAAGCAGCCGUCCAUAGUGCAGAGCUGACAUUCCUGCACGAACUCUAAUAUCAAAAUGUUUUUUAAAAGUUCUUUCAUGUGCAGAAUUUUUAAUAGUAUUUUUAUUGGAUAUCUCAAAUAUUGUGCCUUAAAAAAUCUUAUCAGGUGAUGUGAUGUGCGACACUCUGAGAGAAAGCCAUUGUUAAGGCCUAUCAAUAGGACAGGAAGACUUUGAUCAAGCCUAGGAAACACCCAACCUUACAAAAGCUGAAUUUUCUCCAGGAGAGGAAAGCAUUUCAUUCUUUGAAAACAGCAAACUAACAGAAGCAGCAGCCUUGUAAAAUAAGCUUUGGCCAGCUUCACGCUGCUGCCGUUUGUUGUGCGUUCAAAAGGAUGGACACUCGGGAGGCUUAUGAUGUUCACAGAGGAGGAUGUGUACGCGGGUUAUGAAUGUGCGUGUGUGUGUGUGUGUGUUUGCAUUUGGUGAACCUCUGAACCUUCCGGUGCAGGUCGGACAUGCAUCCCACUGGAUAUCAGCCAGCCAGAGUGGUCACGUUUGGGUUUGCGUAUGCCUGCUUGCCUGAGGGGUUGAAGGGGUUUUUUUAUUGACAUGAUCAACAAGUGCACAUAAGUGGCUGAGUUACUGAUUACAGGUGAUGUUAUAGUUUGUGAUAAGACUCUUGUUUUAAGCACAAAGUCCUGCCAGGUACAGCCAGCCUUCAGCCACUUUAGCACAUCCUUCCCAUCACUCGUAGGACCGCUGCUGCCUCUCAGCUGUAUUUCUGCAGGUCCUUUGGUACUGUGUUCUGUGCUUCCUCACAUCUGUUGUGCACACAGGAGCAUCAUGAGUGUAGAGUCCAAAAAAACACGUGAGGCAUGCUGCUCAAAGCUCAAGCUCUUCCUGGCUUCUAUGGCGCUUGUGUUCUUUGCCAAAGCCUUCGGCGGAGCCUAUAUGAAGAGCUCCAUCACCCAGAUUGAGAGGCGCUUUGAUAUCCCCAGCUCCCUCAUUGGUGUCAUAGAUGGCAGUUUUGAAAUGGGCAACCUGUUGGUAAUAGCCUUCGUGAGCUACUUUGGCGCUAAGCUCCAUCGUCCCCGGCUCAUUGGUAUCGGCUGUGUGAUCAUGGCUACUGGAUCUUAUCUCAUAGCCCUGCCUCACUUCUUGCAGGGACCGUAUAAAUACGAGACCAGUGUGUCUCACAGCAUAUCUGUCAACAGCAGUGAGAGCGCACUGCCCUGUCACUCCAACCACAGCCUGAGUGAACACGAGACACCUGAUGUAGAGACCAGAACAGCUUGUGAAAAGGCAGCUGGCUCCUCUCUGUGGAUCUAUGUAUUCCUGGGGAACAUGCUGCGUGGAAUUGGAGAGACUCCCAUCAUGCCUCUGGGUGUGUCCUACCUGGAUGACUUCUCAAGAGAAGAGAACACCCCUUUCUAUCUGGCCUGCAUCCAUACAGUAGGAAUCUUAGGACCUAUGUUUGGGUUUAUGCUCGGGUCCUACCUUGCCAAGAUCUAUGUGGACAUUGGAUCUGUGGACUUAGACGGUGUCACCAUCAACUAUAAGGACUCCCGCUGGGUGGGUGCCUGGUGGCUGGGCUUCAUAGUGACUGGCACCAUAAUCAUGCUGUCCAGUAUACCGUUCUGGUUCCUGCCCAAGUCUUUGCCCAAGCAAGGGCAAGAGGAGAGCCAGAGUAAAGGCACAGAGCUCGCCACCGUGGCAGAGCAGGAGAACUUCCUGCCAGAAGAAGCCCAGGACCAUGUGGAGAAGGAGAAGCCAGUUACCUUCCAGGAGCUGGCUAAAGAUUUUGUUCCAUCUCUGAGGAGGCUUUUCAAGAACACCAUCUUCACACUGAUGAUUCUCACCUACCUGGUGUCUGUCAACGGCUUCAUUGGCAUGAUCACCUUCAAGCCAAAGUUCCUGGAGCAGGUCUAUGGUCAAUCAGCCUCCAAGGCCAUUUUCCUCAUAGGUAUACUGAACCUGCCAGCAGUAGCCCUGGGCAUCAUCACCGGAGGUUUUGUACUGAAACGCUUCAAGCUGGGUGUCAUUGGGGCUGCCAGGGUGGCAUUUGCUGCCUCUGUUGGGUCUCUCUGUCUGCUUGCCAUUCAGGUCUUCAUCAGCUGUGACAACGCAGAGGUGGCAGGUCUUACCGUCUCAUAUCAGGGGGAUACUCAAGUGUCCUAUGACCAGCAGACUUUGCUGUCACAGUGCAACAUGGGCUGCUCCUGCUCAAUGAAGCACUGGGACCCAGUAUGCGCCUACAACGGAAUGACGUAUGCCUCACCCUGCCUGGCUGGCUGCCAGACCUCCACCGGCACUGGCAGAGAAAUGGUUUUUCACAACUGUACCUGCGUCAGUGAGAUGAAAUCUCCAGCCAUGAACAUGUCCGCAGUGCUGGGCCAGUGCCCCAGGAAGACAGACUGUGAUCGCAUUUUCAAAAUCUACAUGGCUUUGUCCGUAACAGGGUCCUUCAUUUCUGCCUGUGGGGGCACGCCAGGAUACAUUGUGAUGCUCAGGUCGAUCCAGCCAGAUUUGAAGGCGCUGGCUUUGGGUAUGCAAACACUGAUAGUAAGGACUCUGGGUGGGAUACCUCCUCCAAUAUAUUUCGGAGCACUGAUCGACCGAACCUGUUUGAAGUGGGGCACCAAGCAGUGUGGAGGCCGCGGCGCAUGUCGACUGUAUGAUGCUAAUGCAUUUAGAAUGACAUUCAUGGGGUUGAUUACUGGACUUUACAUGCUGUCCAACAUGCUGUGGGGAAACCUCUACCUCAAAAUUGUCAAGAGACAGAAGAAGUUAGCACUGAAGAAUCAAGCCAAGGAAAAUGGACUGGAGGGUGAGAGCCGGGCCAACGGACAUGCCAGCAUCAACAUUGACACAAACAAAGAUGACACAGACAAGGAGAGUACCAUUUAAUGUGUUUUAGGGAGCAUUACCAUUGUCUGAUGUAGAUGAAAGACAGAUUUUACAGAAGUACUGAGCUUGACUAAAUGUGGUGAUGGUUCAGUGUUUGCACCCUUUCGUCUUUCAGCAAUACAAUUCAUUUUUUUUACACACUGUUCUGAAAACAACACCUGCUGUUUCUUCACUUCAGAGGUCAAAGACCCUGACAAAGAGCUUUAACAUGAACAUAAAUCAUCUCUACAAAAAUACUAAAACACAUAAACCUAGAGGUCAGUUUCAGGUUUGCUUCUAUACGGUCAAGAAAAACAUGAUGGGAACAUUAUUUUGUACAACUGUGUGGGCAAGGAAUCCUUACCAAAACACAAUUCCCUUGUGAUGAUAUUCACUUCUGAAACGCUUACGAUUUCAGAAUGAGACAAAACAAAAUAUGUCAAAUACUGUAUUUGCAGAAGAUUGUGUCCAUCAUUUAUACUUGAAUAACAUGACGUCAGGAAAUGAUAGUUAUAUCUAAUUGUAAAGCUUUACAUUCAAAGUGAUUGACUGUAUGUUCAGUGACAGCUGGCAGAUAUGUAUACAGUAGAUGUUAAAUGUACAGUAUGUACAGUGUAUAGUUUUGAAUGCAAGUACAAGACAAUGUAAGUGGAUGUGGCCUGAGAUGCAGUAGCAACAUUUAGUGA